AACCUACAGUCCCUAUCUUGUACGUAACCCGGGGACUGCCUGUAUCUCAAUACCUUAUCCUAUGCUUUUAACUAUCAACAGUACUGUAAACUAUCUUCAGAUUUCAUUUUGGAACAAGUAUAAGUCUAAUGCAAUCAAUUAUAUUCAGGCAAGACUUAGAAAGCAGUAGGGCUAAUUUUCUUUUCCUAGGAAUAAAAACCACCUUUUUGUGUAAACAAGAAAUCCUUAAGGUAAUCACCAAUCAUGCAAAACAAAGGACGCAAUCAACUAAAAACCAUAUUUCAUAGGAAUUUACCUUCUGUUACAAAGUAGCGCAUGAUUAGUGUAAUUGGAAGAUAACUUUUAAAAAUUAACUAAUGUAUUUACUUUGUGCAUUUGGCAGUGUUUUCUGUGUAAUCAGUUUCACUGCAAUCCAUUUUCCUUGUUUGUGUAGUCUUUUCACACAGUAAUAGAGAGAACUUUUCUUAAUGUGUUUCAUAUUUUAAUUUGCAUUGAACUUUUCUCAAAUGCUGUCCCAGAUUUAAUUUUGCAGUCCAGGGGUUUAGAGAAAAAAUUUGCUCUGAUACCAACAUCCUGUAUAAUUCUACUAAAUAUCAUUUAGUCAGUAAAGCCUCGCUGAAUACCUAUUUUAGUUUUAAGAUGUUAUCUAAAUGAGGAAAAGUUGAUACUACAAUGUUAACAGUAUUUAUGGCUUCAUCAGAUUCCUAGAAUUGGCCAUACUAUGAUUUUGGGACCUGAAGAUACUGCUCCCCACUUUUGAAAUAUAGGGGUUGCAUUCUGUAAUUAUUUCCUUGCAAUAUAAACUGCUACUGUAACCUUGACACUUCAAAGACGUGGUCAGCAGUUGUCCAAUAAGUGUGUUUUUAUAUAAGCUCUUCAUUUUCUAAGGGGGUGGUGAGAAGGGAUAUUAGCAGGUCCCUGAAAGGGCAAAUGGGAAGAGUUCAUAUACAUUUAACAAAGGAGGUAUUAAUGCCUCUGGUGAAGGUGGAUUAAAGAAAGCACACACACUGGAAAACUAAGCAGGUGUGUUUAUCAACCUAAUCUCUUUGUGCAUGUGUUUUAGUCCUUUGGCCUCCUGCCCUCCCCUCAUUACCUUUUUAGAUUGUAAUUUCUUUUUGUUGAUAGGUUUUAAACCUCACCUCUGACUAUAGGAAAAAACAGAGGGGCAGGUGGAAAUGCUGGUCCCAGCAUCUAGAAUGUGCAGGUGGAUUGAGAGAAUGGUACAAAAUGAGCCAAAGCAGACUGCUCUGUGGUGGAGUUUACACUGACAAAGGUGCAUCCCCACAAAAAAAAACUUGGAAGGAGUUGUGAUAGUGCAGGAAUCUGACACACUAACUAACAGGUCCUGGCUGGAUGCAGGGAGGGGUGCGUACAAAGACGUACAAUUGUCUAGGACACAUUAAAAUGGAAAAUAUAUUUUUGUGGCUUACCCUGCAGUGGAACUGGCAAAGUGUGUGCAUAAAUAAAAUAAGCUUCUGAAAUUGUCAAAGCUAAUAUCAAGUGAUUGUUUAUAUGGUGUCACCUGCAGGAUUUCUGUUGAUGUGCACCCUUGCAAGUGUUAUAAUUAUAGAAACAUCACCUUUACCAGAAUUUUGUAUCCCCUCUCCCCCAUUGCCAAUGCAGAAAACCAUUCAGACACAGAUUAGGCCUGAUCCAUUCAUCAUGAAAAGUUUUAAUUUCACGGUUACCUUUGGUUGGCAUUCUGCCGAUUAGUCCAACAACUUGCUUUGCUUUGGCAGUUCAUUUUGACCCAAGAUGCAUUUAGUAACAGAUUAUGAAAUGGCAGGCAGCUAGCUUAAUUUAGAAAAUCCAUUUUCCAGCAAUCUAUUUCACAAAGUUUGUUUUGGUUGCUAGCUUCUUUUUUUUUGCACAUUCCCUAUUGUGUGUGAGUGUGUAUAUAUAUUUUUAUUUUAUUUUUUAAAGGAUUGGACCUAUCCCAUGAGAAGAGAGAUGCAGGAAAUUUUACCUGGGUUAUUUUUAGGCCCAUAUUCUUCAGCUAUGAAAAGCAAGCUACCUAUACUUCAGAAACAUGGAAUAACCCAUGUAAUAUGCAUACGGCAAAAUAUUGAAGCAAAUUUUAUUAAACCAAACUUUCAACAGUUAUUUAGGUAUUUAGUCUUGGAUAUUGCAGAUAAUCCAGUUGAAAAUAUUAUACGAUUUUUCCCUAUGACUAAAGAAUUUAUUGAUGGAAGUUUACAAACUGGAGGGAAAGUUCUUGUCCAUGGAAAUGCAGGGAUUUCUAGAAGUGCUGCCUUAGUUAUUGCAUACAUUAUGGAAACAUUUGGGGUGAAGUACAGGGAUGCAUUUACUUAUGUUCAAGAAAGAAGAUUCUGUAUUAAUCCUAAUGCUGGAUUUGUCCAUCAACUUCAGGAAUAUGAAGCCAUCUAUCUAGCAAAAUUAACUAUCCAGAUGAUGUCACCACUGCAGCUGGAGAGAUCACUCUCUGUUCCACCUGGAUCUACAGGAAGUUUGAAGCGAACACAUGAGGAUGAAGAAGAAUUUGGAAAUAUGCAAGUGGCAGCAGCACAGAAUGGGUGACAUGUAGGGCACCGCUAUUCAGAGGUUGUGAAUUCUUGCACAUGGAAGUGAAGAAAACUAGAAAAGACGAACUAAUGCAGAACAAUGAACACAUCCAUAGCUUCUUUUCAAAUACAUGUUGCUUCCAGAUGUAAAUCUGCCUCUGCAACACACUAGGCAACAUUUUAAUAUGUUGGACUUCUUGAACGAAUAGAUGGCACUGAUUGUUUUACUCCUUUUUUACACUUUGCAGUUUUAUUCUAUCCCAAGAUUUUUGGACUUGCAAAGAGGUAUUAUUGCAAUAAUGCACUUUUCAUACUUGAAAUGUCUUUAUUUGUAUGAUAUAAAGUUAUUACUUUAAACAAAAUGCAAGCUGGGGGGGAUUUGUUUAUAAAGUUAUUUGUGUAAUUUAUAACAAGAGACUUUAGUAAAGAAAAAUUUGCUAAAAUUCACUGUGUUCUAAGUAUCUAUUGCAGCUUAAAGUUACUCCA